AUGAGCGACUACGACAAGGUUCGCAUUGCUUACGAUGCCGAAAAGGACCUCAACUCCUACCAGGCCAAGCAGGGCCUUGGUCCUAAAAGCGAUUCCACCCUUGAGUCUGGAGUGAACGAGAUGGUGGACAGGAAGUUCGAGACAGGCAUUCGUACUGGCAGAGAAGCAGGCGCUUCCGGCAGCGACCGCAAGCCCAUCCCAGAAGAGGAGGGAGGCAGUCGUGAUGAUCGCGGCCGACUCGCAAAGGCUGGACAAUUCAACGGCCCUGGUGGCCCUGAGGACAAGGUGAAGCUGGACUCUGAGCGUCGCCCUGGUGAUCAGGAUACUUUGGGUAUCCAGGAUUUGAAGCGUGAGGGACUGGCUCCAUAA